AUGUCAUCAUCAGGUAAUAAAUCGUCACAGUCGGGCGGAAAAGAACAAAAACUUCUCGAUCAUCUUCUUUCUUUGCCAGAAGACCAGCUUGCAUCGAUAAGAGGUAACCCAGGAAAAGUGUUAGAGGCAAUUGACAACUAUCCAGCAUCAUUUAUGACUAUCGGAAAGAACAAGGGAAAACUAAUUGUCGAUAAGAUGAAAGAGGUUAAACCCAUGGUCAUGAUUGAACUCGGGUGCUACGUUGGGUAUUCUGCAAUUUUAUUUGCAAAUGAAUUACCGAAGGAGCAAGGGUCCAGAUAUUACAGUUUUGAGGCAAACCAAGAUUUCGCCAACAUCGCUCAGCAGAUCAUUGAUUUGGCGGGCUUAUCUCACAAAGUCCAGAUUAUUGUAGGCAAAGCUGCUCAUACUUUGGUGGAUUUUAGGGAUACGUUCAAGAGACAAGGAUUAUCGUCGUACUCUUCGCUAGACUUCAUUUUCAUUGACCACGAAAAGAGUCUUUAUGUUCCUGAUCUCAGGGUUCUUGAAUCGUUGAAUUUAAUUGCACCUGGUACCGUUAUAGCGGCUGAUAACAUCAUCAUGCCUGGGGCGCCAGAAUACGUUGAAUACGUUCAAUCGUCGCCAGAAGAGAAGCGUGAUUUUAACUACAGAGUCGAAAACGUCAACGGUAAAGAGUUCCUUGGAAGGUGGAAUAUAAUAUAUAAGACUGAAACUAUUCCAGCCAUUACUUCCAAGGGUCAUAAGGAUGCAGUUGAGAUUACAGAAUGUGUUGAGUAUCUCAAUGGUUAG